AUGAUCAUCCCUGUUCGUUGCUUUACUUGUGGAAAGGUGAUUGGAAACAAGUGGGAUGCGUAUCUUGAUCUUCUCCAGCUAGACUACACUGAAGGGGACGCACUUGAUGCGCUUCAGCUAGUAAGAUACUGCUGCAGGCGUAUGCUUAUGACUCAUGUUGAUCUGAUUGAGAAGCUUCUCAACUACAACACUAUGGAGAAAUCGGACAACAGUUAA